GUGAGUUGGGGCGGGCCCUGGGCAGAGGCUGCUCUGGCCGGGAGCAGAUGGCAGCGCCGGGGCUCGGCCGGCUCCCCGCUCCGGUGCCGCGGGAGCCUCGCUUCCCCGGGACAUGCCAUUCGGGAGAGAAAAGCAACUUAACGCCGGCCGCAGGCGGGGUCGGUGAUGUAACAGGAAGCUCUGAUGUUUCGCUGCUGCCGCCGCUCCGCGCUGCCAUCGGACACGCUCCCGGCGCUCCCGCAGCAGCGCUGCCCCGCCGGGAGAGCCGCCAGCCGCGGGCUCUGGAUUACACCCAGCCGGGCACCGCGCUCUCGCCGCUGGCCGCGGAGGGGCUCAGCGAGACAGCUCCCCACAGCUCUGUCUGAACGCGUUCUCGUAGCAGCUCAGCGCGUUUGAGUUCAUUCAGCUACAACAUGAGAUUGAUUGCACCAGAUAUGAAAAUGACAAAAAUCUGGAUCACAUUUUUGCUGUUCUUCUUAUUGGUUACUAUGUUCUUUGCCUCUGCCACUCCAGCUGAGGGACAUCAGAACACCACAAUGGACUUUGCCCAGCUGAGCGUUACACGGAAUAAAAUCAUGACGGCGCAGUACGAAUGCUACCAGAAGAUUAUGCAAGAUCCCAUACACAAGAAAGAAGGUCCCUACUGCAACAGGACCUGGGAUGGCUGGUUGUGCUGGAGUGAUGUGGCUGCCGGAACCGUGUCGGUGCAGCGGUGUCCUGACUACUUUCAGGAUUUCAACCCAUCAGAAAAAGUUACGAAGAUCUGUGAUCCAAAUGGGAAUUGGUUUAGACACCCAGAAAGCAACAGGACGUGGACAAACUACACCCAGUGCAAUAUCUAUACACAUGAAAAAGUGAAGACUGCUCUGAACUUGUAUUACUUGGCCAUCAUCGGACACGGUCUUUCAAUUGCAUCACUUCUGAUUUCUCUUGGCAUAUUCUUUUAUUUUAAGAGCUUGAGUUGCCAAAGGAUUACCCUGCAUAAAAAUCUGUUUUUCUCUUUCGUUUGCAACUCUGUUGUAACAAUAAUUUCACUGACAGCCAUUGCCAACAACCAGGAAUUAGUUGCAACCAACCCAGUUAGCUGCAAAGUGUCACAGUUCAUCUACUUGUACCUGAUGGGUUGCAACUACUUUUGGAUGCUGUGUGAAGGCAUUUACCUGCACACCCUGAUUGUGGUGGCUGUUUUUGCUGAGAAGCAGCACUUGAUGUGGUAUUACCUUCUUGGCUGGGGUUUUCCACUGAUCCCUGCCUGCAUACAUGCCGUUGCAAGAAGUUUAUAUUAUAAUGACAACUGUUGGAUCAGCUCUGAUACUCAUCUGCUUUACAUCAUCCAUGGCCCUAUUUGUGCUGCUCUCUUGGUGAACCUUUUCUUCCUGCUGAACAUCGUCCGUGUUCUCAUAACCAAGCUGAAAGACACGCACAGGGCUGAGUCCAACCUGUACAUGAAAGCAGUGAGAGCCACCCUGAUUCUUGUCCCGCUCCUCGGCAUCGAGUUUGUGCUGUUCCCGUGGCGACCCGAGGGCCGGAUCGCGGAGGAGGUGUACGACUACGUCAUGCACAUCCUCAUGCACUACCAGGGUCUACUGGUGGCUACAAUUUUCUGCUUCUUUAAUGGCGAGGUGCAGGCCGUGCUGAGGAGGCACUGGAACCAGUACAAGAUCCAGUUUGAGCACAGCUUCAGCCACUCGGACGCCAUGCGCACGGCCUCCUACACCGUGUCCACCAUCAGCGACGUGCAGGGCUACGGCUACGGCCACGACUGCGGCAGCGAGCACCUCAACGGCAAGGGCUACCACGACAUGGACAGCGUGGCGCUCAAGACCGACAAGCUCUACGGCUGAGGGCCCCGGCGGCGCUCACUGACACGGGCCAGGCAUCUCACCUGCCCGGGGACGUGGUGUCCUCCUCAACGGCGCAAACCAAGGCAACGUGUUCAUCGUACACGCGCGCGGGUAUAGGUAUGUCUGUGUUUCUGUGUAUCUGUACAGUAUGGACAUCUGUACAUAUAUAUCUAUAUAUGUAUGUGCGUUUAUAUAAGGAUUCAAACUUUGCCUCUUCAGUUUCUACUGUGUAGACAAAGUUGGCAAAUUUUUGUACAAAGGGAAUCAAUGAAGGAUUUCAUAUUUUCUUGGAAGUUUGUAUAAGACUGUGCUGUGUUGAAGCCACUUCAUUUGCCUAUAGAAUCUUAGAGUAAAUACCAUACUCUGUUGUCUUAAUUCAACCUAAAAUAGAGCAAAGCAAAAUGGUUUAAGUAGGUGCAAUAAUAGCAAGAAGUUUUCCAGGUUCUUUUUUUGGUCCAGCACUUGUUUGGCCAUCAAAAAAGCCUGACAGGUAGUCUGAGGUAACAGACUCAAAGAUAGAUACUGCUGUUUUGGUUAAAGAGAUUGAUGUUUUGCUUUGGUUUGGCCAGUUUAUUUUCUUCCCACUGUUGUACACCAAGCACAGAGACACCACUUCCAGUGUGAGCCUUGAUGUACUGCAGUGUAAUAUCUUCUGUACUUCUGUACUGCAAUGCAAUAUCUUGCACCAAGAUUUGAGCAAUUUUAUUUAAGCUGUUUCAGGAUAUUUAGAAGUAUCUCCUUCUGAAUUGUAUGGAAGUUUCUUCUGGGUUUAACAAAGACAAGACUGAUGAGGCCUCACUGCCAGAGAGCAAAGGAGUGACCUGAGUCACUGUAAGUCCCUCCAGACACUCACAGUGACUGCAGCUGGGGGAACUUCACCGUGUGCUUAAGGAAUUUACUCAGCUGGAGAAGAUCAUGUACAGAAUUUGUUGUAGCAUUGUUCUGAUUUUACUUUUACAUAUUGCCCUCGCCGUAUGCUUGAUAACUUAUUCCAGGGCAAAGAUUUGGUUAAUUUUGUGGCUGUUUUUGUUGUCUGAGAUGAGCGUGCAAGACUGAACACAGUGCACAUGAUACCUUUAAAGCCAGUAUAUGAGACUCAGAUUAAUCAAGCAGACUAAUGUUAGUAACUCUCAUUAUUUGGAAAAUCUGGUAUAAAGUUUGUAUUAUAAAGGUUCAAAUCUUUAUGGAUUGAGAAUUUCAAUAUUAUUUUGGAUUGGUUGAUUCCGAAUCUCUCUCUCAAUUAAUUCAUUAAGAACAACACUUUAUAUGUUGUUUCUUUGGUUCUUCUGGUGCAUAAAGAUCUCACUGAAAACUCGGAGGUUGUCAGGAAGGUCUUGAGAAAAUGUCUUUAUAGAAAUUUAUAUUUUUGUUAAAUCUCUACGUUUUAAAGAAAUAGUACUUUUGUUACGUGAAAUGACAAAAAUGCUCAAGAAUGAGGGCAUGAAACGAGGUGAGUUCACUGAAAAUUAAAAAUGUAAGAAAAAGUUUUAUACAUUUCAUUUGCAGAUAAGUCUACUUGAAGUGGGGAAAACCCAAAAUUAGGCAGAAGAAAAAGUAGAUGCUGGAACUGUAACAGAUUGUUUGGCUAAUGAACAUAUUUCUGGUGCAUGGAGUCCAGUCAAAAAAAUUGGAAGACAGUUCCAAUAAUUGUGGAAAUAAUUGUGCAUACAAAAUUAUUGCAUACAAAACACCUUGACUUUGACAUUUAAACAUUUUUAUCAGUAGCUUUUCUCUAUGCUUCAUCAGUGUCUAGAUAAUUUUCAGUGUUUAUUACUUUGUGACUUCAUAAGGAGUUAAAUGCUUUGUACUUAGAAAACAUUAGGAGGAUGUGGCAAGUUAAUGCCACUUGCACCUUUCUUUAGUUUUUUUUACAGUUCUUAUGUCUGGAGUUUGAAUAUAGAAAGUGUUUUAUUAAUGAUUUAGUUUCACAAUAUAGAAUCUCAGCUAGGACGCACAAAUAAAGAUUUCUCCUCUUCUGCAGGGCCGUCUGGUCAGUUGAUGGGAGUGAUUUGAAGAGUCUGUUGGAUUGUGUAGUGUAGAGUGCACUGUCUUGUGAGAUCUGGCAAUCACAUGUCACAGUCUCUUAAAUUGAGAUUACUUACAGCUCUGUUUGCUGAUCUUUGCAGUGUUACUUAAAACCUGUUCUGAAGUUAAUGAGUUAAUGAAGAUUGUCCCUGCUCCAGUGUAGCAGCUUUACAUUUGUGGGACCAGAUCAUCAGCUGGUGUAGAUCUGUUCUGAGUUCCCUUUGCAGAAUCUGCGGGUACCCCUGAGACUCAAAGCCCACACAGGUGUCUGUCCAUUUUAAUGUGCUGGAAGCCAUUUAUGGCAUGUUACCAGACAAUUAUUUCAUGGUACCUGGUGGAUGGUUGUUGUAAUUAACACAUAGGUGUUGGUUUAGAGUGCCAUACAGUAUUAGAUUUUAACUGGACUUCAUUUUCAGAGAGGUAGUUCAAAUUUAACAGACUACAGAUUUUGUCAUUUAAUACAUAUUUCUAAUUGCUCUCUGUCCUCUAUUAGAGAAACUUGUCAUGGUAAAUUGGGAGGGAAAUUUGUUUUUAUACAGAAUUAUCCUACUUCUAGGUGGACAAUCACAGCUUCCUUCUAGGCACACAACUCCCAUCUUCACUUUGGAAAAGAACCACAUCCAGCUUGAUGUGCAAGAAAACCUUUCUGGCUGUGAAAGGCCACAUGGUAUAGCAGAGCUGUAUUUCCCCUCUCCUGCUGAGCUUAGAUAAUCUGUUUUCUAAUUUGCAUUGGAAAAUACCAAUUCCUUAUUUUGUCUUCCUACCUCACCUUUUUUCAAUUUCUAGAUAGCUAAGAGAAGGGUUUGUGUCUCAAAAUGUUUUUCUGUCACCAUAAGUUAAAAUCAAAUCCUUAUGCUGAUUUCUCAUGGCUCUCUUCUGCUUUACAGAGUAUUGGAGUCCAUAGCUGUAUUCUCUGGGAUGGAAGUAAACUCUCUUUUGGUGGGGCUGUGAGAUUCCUUUGAACAUGCAGAUUAUUAUUUGUUUAUUACCUACUACUAUUUGCUGUUUCUUCUUCUUUUUUUUUUUUUUUUCUUUUUUUUUUUAAAUUUAGUCAGGAUUUAUUGUAUCAAUCUACAGGGGCUACAGCAAUAGCUGUCAUAUUUGUUAUCUGUAACACCAGCAUGUUAUGAUUCAGUGAGACAAAAUAUCUAUUUUUAAUGCUACUGUCUUCAGUUACGAAAUGGCUGCAUUGCAGGGUCCCUCAGUUGGCAAUUUCAUGUUGGCAUUUAUGUUAUGCAGUUUUUCGUGGUGGUGAUCUACAGGAGUAUGUGGCUGUAGGAAUGCUGCAACAUGUACUCCUUUUGAUGUCAAGAAACAUUUGGGCUGGAAACCAGGCAACAUUCAUUUAUUGUACUAUGUAAAUAAGAUUAAUAGAAGCUACGGCAUUGUAUUUAUUGCUUACACUAAGAACAAAAUGGAAAAAAUGUGAAGUUAUUUUUUUAGUUGUUCAUUUUCACCAUGUUCAUAUGAAUCAUGCAUUUUAAUUGCUGAGAGAAGUAUUGCUUCUGAUCAAUAAAAUAUUACUCCAUGUAUUCAUCUGUCUUGUGCUGUAAUAUAACAAAGCUGAUGUAAAUUUGCUUUAACAGAUGUCUUAACUCUGUGCUAGUUAAAUAUUAAGCCAGGGAGAAAGUAAUUACAUAGAGUUACUAACAAUUAAUCUGGUUUUAAGUGUUUUUCAAUACUUAUAUUUAAUACUAGAGUGCUGAAUUUCUGGAGGAAGUUUGUACAGAUAAUAUAAGAUGACUGGACAUGAAAUUAUUUACCUGGAAGUUUCAUAUUCCUAUUUCUUGUCUUCUGAAUCCAGCUUUUAAUAAAAAAAGUUAUUAAUACUUACA